CCGCGUCAUCCCGAGCGUCCCGAUGUCAAGACCGAGGUUCGCGAUGUUCAUGAUCAUGCAAGAUCGAGUGACACUGCCCACUUCCACCGAGAUCGUAAUUCGUAACCUCUCUACGCAUCCACAAGACCAUUGGAGUAGUGUAUAUCAUGGCCGAAAAGCAAAUAUCUCUCGGAGACCUCAACUCUGCACAGCUGCAAGAGGUCAAGCGACAGUUGGAAGAGGAGAUUGAACACUUGUCGACCUCGUUCGGAUCCCUCCGGUCGGCACAGGCCAAGUACCGAUCAUGCGCAAACGAUGUCCAGGAGAUGAAGCCUAGUACCAAAGGCAAAUCGAUGCUCGUACCGCUGACGUCGUCACUUUACGUACCGGGAAGGAUCACGGAUCCGGAACAUGUGGUGGUAGACAUCGGGACGGGGUACUAUGUGAAAAAGACUCGACAAGAAGCCAUCUCGCUCUACACCUCGAAAGUCAAGUUCGUUCAAGAAAACCUCGACAAGCUCCAAGCGACGAUCGAGCGGAAACAGGACAACUUGCAGAGUUGCGUGGGGAUCUUGCAGAUGAAGAUGCAAGAGGAGAGGCAGCAGGGCGGGGUCUCGGCGUAAGAUUGGGCAGACGACAAAGGAAUGGAUGGCAGGAUGAUCUCGAUGUGCGGAACAACGAUCGAUACUGCACAUUGUACCGGAGGCAAGCCGGAUUGCUCUUGGGGAAGCAUCUGCAAUCCGUGCCAGCAUCGAGUAGAAGGGGAAAAGACCUUUUUGAGUGCCCGCUGUUGGCGAUUUUGUAACGAUCCGAUUACGACCUAAUGAAUAGAGCAAGGGUUUAUCCCAUAUUGCAAGCGGAUUAACAUGCAUUUUGAAUGUCCGUCCUUCGUGA